CAUCAUCAUCGUUUCAACAAGGCCGACCAGCUCGGAGUCGGCGAAGCGGCUCAAUCCACUCCACCGUACAUUGCUCGUGCUUAGUUUCGCGAAUAGGAGAGACUUGGGGUCAUUGUGCAUAGGGCUCCGACGCAUCGCACCAUAAAGAUACUGACUGCCCGGCCACCUUUCUGAGCAACACACCUUGACAAGCACAUCGCAACGAAUUCAUUGCAACGAACAAAGAGCAACGGGCAACGAGCAUAUUUCUUCUUUUGAACUACACAUCCUUGGUGACAGCGUAUUCAUACAAUGGAGUACGAGCCAUUGCCGGGGCCGCCCGGGUUGCCCAUCAUAGGCAACCUUGGAGAUAUCGACGCCGAAAAUCCCAUGCAGAGCUUUAUCCGCCUCUCCGACACAUAUGGUGAAAUCUGGAAGUUCCAUCUCGCGGGUGAAAGAAUCGUAAUUGCGUCCCAGGCUUUAAUGAAUGAAAUCUCCGAUGAAACCCGGUUUUCAAAGAUCAUAGCUGCCAGCCUCAACGAGGUCCGAAAUGGAACUCAUGAUGGGCUGUUCACAGCUAAAGGACCUGAAGAGAAAAACUGGGGAAUUGCCCACCGAGUCCUCCUCCCAGCGCUUGGUCCCUUAGCGAUUCGGAACAUGUUCGAUGAGAUGCACGAUAUAGCAAGCCAACUCGUCAUGAAAUGGGCGCGCCAAGGACCCGAGCAAUUGAUACAAGUAACGGAUGAUUUCACGCGUCUCACAUUGGACACGAUCGCAUUGUGCGCUAUGGAUUACCGCUUCAACUCCUACUAUUCAGAGCAUAUGCACCCCUUCAUCCAAGCUAUGGCUGAUUUCCUGAAGGUCAGCGGAGAUCGCGCUCGCCGUGAUCCCAUAACUCAGAUGUUCUACCGCUCUGAGACCGCGCAGUACUGGGAAAAUGUUCAGUUGCUUCGCAAAGUAAGCCAGGAGGUCAUAGACAAGCGGAAACAGAAUCCGACCCAAAAGAAGGAUCUACUGAACGGCAUGCUGAAUGGUGUGGAUCCAAAAACUGGCGAAAAGAUGAACGAAGAAAGCAUCAUCGAUAACAUGAUUACAUUCCUUAUAGCAGGUCAUGAAACCACAUCUGGUCUUCUAUCGUUCACCUUUUACUACUUGCUGAAGAGCCCAAAAUCUUAUGAGAAAGCGCAAAAAGAGGUUGACGAGGUCAUUGGGAAGAAUCCUAUCACGGUCGAUCACCUCACCAAAUUGCCGUAUCUGAACGCUGUCCUCCGCGAAUCGAUCCGUUUGCAACCUACGGCCCCUGCUAUCGGUCUCCAAGCCAAGGAAGACACGACAUUGGGUGGCAAGUACGAGUGUAAGAAGGGCGUUCCAAUUGUUGCAGUAUUGCCAAAAGUCCACCGCGAUCCCAUCGUUUAUGGAGAAGAUGCCGAGGAGUUCCGUCCUGAGCGCAUGCUAGAUGAAGAGUUCGAGCGCCGCAACAACAAGUUUCCUAAUUGUUGGAAGCCUUUUGGGAACGGGAUGAGAGCAUGCAUAGGAAGGCCAUUCGCAUGGCAAGAGGCUCUGCUAGUGCUGGCGAUACUGCUACAAAACUUCAACUUCACUAUGGAAGACCCUUCGUACCAACUUGAGAUAAAGCAGACUCUGACCAUCAAGCCGAAGGGCUUCUACAUGCGAGCGCACUUGCGUAACCACAUGAGCCCCACUACGUUGGAGCGUGCACUUGCGUCGACGUCAAUCAGCGAGCAUGCAGGUGAGAAGAAAGCUCAGGGCUCAAAGAAGAAGGCGGCUCAGGGCAAGCCAAUGGCCGUGUACUAUGGCUCAAACACUGGGACGUGUGAAGCACUGGCAAACCGACUUGCUAGUGAUGCUCCAAAUCACGGAUUCAGCGCGGUAGUUGACACGCUGGACGCCGUGAAAGAGAACUUACCAAAGGACAGGCCAAUCGCUAUCAUCACGGCGUCUUAUGAAGGGCAACCCGCAGAUAAUGCCGCUCACUUUGUUGCCUGGCUCAACAAUUUAACAGGUUCCGAGCUGACCGAUGUACAAUACUCUGUAUUUGGGUGUGGUCAUCGGGACUGGGCGAGCACAUUCCACAAAAUCCCGAAAGCUUUGGACAAAGCCAUCGAAGAGCGCGGUGGAACGAGAAUCGCUGAUAUUGGGACCGCCGACGCUUCAAAGGGUGAUAUCUUCACCGAGUUCGAGGCUUGGGAAGAGAAGGUCUUCUGGCCGGCCGUAAAAGAACGCUACGGCGCCUCAGACUCUUCCGAGUUCACUCCAUUCGAGGCCAACUUUGAGAUUGAGGUGUCUACCCCACGAUCAUCAAUGCUUCGACAAGAUGUCCGAGAAGCACGGGUUGAAGCCGUAGAAGUGCUCAGUGCACCUGGUACACCAGGGAAGCGUCACAUCGAGAUCAGCCUGCCCUCUGGAACGAGCUAUUCUGCAGGAGAUUAUCUUGCGAUACUUCCGCUGAACCCGAAAGAGAAUAUCGCUCGCGCCAUGAGAUACUUCGGCUUGCCUUGGGACAGUAUGCUGACCAUCACCUCUUCAAGUCCUACCACGCUCCCAGUCGAUGUUCCCAUCUCAGCAAUUGACGUCCUCGGCGCCUAUGUGGAGCUUGCACAGCCGGCAACGAAACGCGACAUCACCGCCCUGGUUGAAGUCGCUUCUGACGAAGCCGCAAAAAGCGAACUUGUACGUCUUGCCACGGACGACUUCACCGCCGAGAUAACCGAGAAGCGCGUAUCCGUACUUGAUCUUCUGGAACGAUUCCCGUCAGUAUCUUUGCCACUUGGCCCUUUCCUGAAAAUGCUGCCUCCCAUGCGUGUGCGUCAAUAUUCCAUCUCAUCGAGUCCACUUUGGAAUCCCAAUAACGUCACCCUUACGUAUGCGGUUGUUGACCAGCCUGCAUACUCUGGCCAAGGCCGUUUCGUAGGUGUCGCCACCAACUACCUCUCCAGCUUAGCUGUGGGCGACAAACUCCAUGUCGCAGUGAGGAGCUCGCACCAAGCAUUCCAUCUGCCAAAGGAUGGAAAGAAUGUGCCAGUCAUUAUGAUUGCCGCAGGAACUGGCUUGGCUCCUUUCAGGGGAUUUAUUCAAGAGCGCGCCGCACAAAUUGCCGCCGGACGUACCCUUGCGCCCGCUGUGCUGUUCUAUGGCUGCCGCGACCCCAGCAAUGAUCUUCUCUACCCAGACCUACUCUCGCGCUGGGAGAAGCUUGGCGCUGUCUCACUCCGCUACGCAUUUUCUCGUGCUCCCUCCUCCUCCGAAGGCUGCAAGUACGUCCAGGACCGCCUUUACCACGAUUCUAAAGAAGUCGUUGAGCUUUUUGACGCUGGGGCAAAACUUUUUGUUUGCGGGAGUCGUGAAGUGGGCAAAGGCGUUGAGGACGUUUGUCUGAAGAUCGCGAGGGAGGAGAGGGUGAGGAAGAAGGGCGAAGAUGUGGAUGAAGGACGGUUGAGGGAAUGGUUUGAGGGUCUGAGAAAUGAGAGGUUCGCUACUGACGUUUUUGCUUAGGCGGGCGUGGAAUAUACAUUGUUAGCUUCGUAAUGAACACAGGAGGCGUGCAGCCUUCAUGCGGACCUCUAGGGUGG